GCAGGCGGCACGGAGGCUGAGCGUGGGGAGGCCUCGGCGUCUGGCCUGUACUCCCCGUGACCCCUGUGCAGAAACCGCUCUGAUUCAGUCUCGCGGAAGCCCGCCAGAGGCCCCCAGCGCGUGCUCCGGCAGGAACGGAUUGUGGAUAAGUGUCCCUGAGGUUAACUAAGACUCUGGUUGCCAGUGAUUCGUUUGCAGGCUGGGAAGGAUGCUUUUGUGGUGUAUCUGUUUUGGGUGUUUCAUUAACUGGAAGUCCUGUUGGUUGUGAAGACGUUGGGUUUUACUUGAGCUCUGUGCUCCUGGAAAACAGCAGAGGUUCAGAAAUCUCCAGGAAAAGGCUCACUGCAGAGAAGCUCCUUUUGUACACGUUCUAGUAAUGGGGAUUGAACCCAGGCCUCAUGUAUGGUGGGGAAGCACUCUACUAUUGAGCUACAUCCCUAGCCCCUCAUCUUAAUCUAGUAGUCACUUCCUGAGUACCAUUCUGCCUGUCUACAAAAGAGUUGCAUUUUGCCUUAUAACAUCUAGGCAAAUAAUUUCACUUAAAUUAAUGAAGUCAUUCCUGCCCCAGGAAACAUUGCUGCAGAAGGAACCAUUGCUCUCAGAAACAAAACUAUUCAUGUGAGAUAAGCAGAGAAUUCAUGUGAGAUUCUCAAGAAUGAGAAUAUAGUCUUGGUUUCCAGAUCUUUCACUAGAGGCCUCUCUCCAGAGUCAGAACAGACAGAAGUCAAAAACAGCAGGUUUCCUGAGAGCAGCAGAAAAUGAUUGAGUCACAGAUAUCAUUUGAGGAUGUGGCUGUGGACUUCACAUGGGAGGAGUGGCAGCUGCUUAACCCCACUCAGAGGAGCCUGUACAGAGAUGUGAUGCUGGAGAACUACAGCAGCCUGCUCUUCCUGGGUUAUCAAAUCAUUAAACCUGAUGCCGUUUUCAAGCUAGACCAAGAGGAGUCAUGGACAGUAUAUGAAGAAACCCUACACCAGAACGUUUCAGAAAUCUGGCUAGACAGUGAUUCUAAAAUAUGGCAUCAAGAUAAUCAAGACAAGCUUAAAAGUAUGGAGAAAGGCCAUGGAUGUGAUGUUUUGGGGAAAAUAUUUAAUUCAAGCAUGAACUUUGUUCACUUAGGAAUGAGACUCCAUAAAUGUGGCAGAGGUGAAAAAAGUUUGAAACAUCCUUUUGAUUUUCUUAUUCCAAAAAAUAACUGUGGCAAAAAGAAAUUUGAUGAGCUCAGCAAGGAGUUACUGUUUUGUGUGAAACCCGACAGAGGCUGUGGAGAGGUACAAUACUGUGAUGACAAGAAACACAGAAGAACCAGCAGCAACGAGGCUUGUGGGACACACACGGGAGUCUGCUUGUGCUUGGAGUGUGGCAGAGUUUUCCACAGGAAGUCACAGCUGACCAUUCACCAGAGAACUCACACAGGAGAGAAGCCCUAUCUUUGCAGCGAGUGUGGGAAGGCCUUCUCACAGAAGUCCUUGCUCACUGUGCACCAGCGGACACAUUCAGGGGAAAGGCCCUAUGGGUGUGGCGAGUGUCAGAAGGCUUUCAGCAGGAAGUCCCUGCUCAUGCUACAUCAGAGAACUCACACUGGAGAGAAGCCCUACGGGUGCAGUGAGUGUGGGAAAGCCUUCAGCAGGAAGUCCCAGCUCAAAAGGCAUCAGAUGGCUCAUGCAGUAGAGAAGCCCUAUAGCUGCAGUGACUGUGGGAAGGCUUUCUCCCAGAAAGUGAAGCUCAUCACACAUCAGAGGGUACACACAGGAGAGAAACCCUAUAAAUGCAGUGAUUGUGGGAAAGCUUUCUUUUGGAGGUCUCAGCUCAUUACUCAUCAGAGGUCUCACACUGGCAAGAAACCAUAUGUGUGUAGUGAGUGUAAAAAAGCCUUCAGCAGGAACUCACUCCUCAUUAGGCAUCAGAGAAUUCACACAGGAGAGAAGCCCUAUGCAUGCAGGGAAUGUGGUGAAGCUUUCAUCCGAAAGCCGCAGCUUAUCAAGCAUCAGAUAAUCCACACGGGGGAGAAGAGCCAUCGAUGCCGCGAUUGUGAAGAGGCCUUCUUCAAGAAGUCAGAGCUGAUGCGGCAUCAGAAAGUUCACUCUGGAGAGAAGCCCUAUGGCUGCGUGGAAUGUGGGAAGACCUUCUUUGGAAAGUCGCAGCUCCUAACCCACCAGAGAACUCACACUGGUGAGAAACCAUAUGGCUGCAGUGAGUGUGGGAAGGCCUUCACCCAGAAGUCAAGCCUGAUAUCGCAUCAGAGAACACACACUGGCGAGAAGCCCUACAAAUGCAGUGAGUGUGGGAAGGCCUUCAGCGAGAAGUCCAGUCUCACUCACCAUCAGAGAACCCACACUGGAGAGAGGCCCUUUGAAUGCAGUGAGUGCAGGAAAGCGUUUGCCUGGAAGCCACAACUGCUCAGGCACCAGAGGAUCCACACAGGGGAGAAGCCCUAUGAAUGCAGCGAAUGUGGGAAAGCCUUUGUUCAGAAGGUGCAGCUCAUUAAACAUCAGAGAAACCACACGGGAGAGAAAACCCAUGGGUGCAGUGAUUGUGCAAAAGCUUUCUUUGAGAAAGCACAGCUCAUCAUCCAUCAGCGAAUUCACACAGGAGAGAGACCCUACAAGUGUGCCGAAUGUGGGAAAUCGUUCACCAGAAAGUCCCAUCUCAUGAGGCACCAGAGGAGCCACACAGCAGGCAGAGGCUGUGCAUGCACUGAGUGUGGUGGCAGCUUCAGCAGCAGGUCGCAGCUCACAUUGCACCAGAAAGACCACACAGAACCAACGCCACGUGAGUGCAGCAAGGGCCGACCCCUGCCUGCUGUCAGAUAUCCCCACUGAGGACAGGUAGGAGAGACUCCUGUUGAGAUAGCAGCUGCUAGAAACAUGCUAGCAGGGAGUUGAGUCACGAGAGCUUUCUAGUGUUUGAAAAGCAGAUGUUGUGCAAAAGCCUUCUCCCAGAAGAUUCCCUGGGGCACCCCUGUGAGGACAAGCCAAGGUGGAAGUGAGGUUGGCAGCACCCUCUGUCAGAGGUCACAGGGAUUCAUGUUUAGAGACUUCAACAGGGAAAGCUGGGGGAGCAAACUCCUCAGGAUUCAGAGGUGUCAUCAGAAAGGAGGUGCUGGACGUUGUGUCUUGAGAGUCUACAUGAGGAGUUCUGGUGUCCAAGGGUCUUUGAAGUAAUUCUGCCAGGAAACUGUGUCUGUUGUGUAGGAAUCAUUACAAACAGCUGUCAGUCUCAGACAGACAUGUCUGCUAAAGGGUGAAGACUUCACUCUUGUGUGUGGUGGAGUAACCAGGAUCAGAGCAUGCUCCUGCCUUCAACAGCUAUAUGUAAAAAGGCUUUUUCUUUUUUUAAUUUAUGUUUUUAAUUGAUACA